UGCGAUUCAGGAAGUAAAUCUAUUAUAGUGACAGGAACAACAUCACGGGACUCUCAUUGCAUUGAGCAGAUUAAUAAAAUAUUACCUGUGACUGAUCUGUACACACCUGUAAUAUAAGACAACAUGUCUAGGCAGUCGAACAGAGCCACAGACAGCAAGAAGAUGAAUUCAGAAUUGUUCACUCUCACUUAUGGAGCCUUGGUCACUCAGUUGUGUAAGGACUAUGAAAAUGAUGAAGAAGUCAACAAACAACUGGAUAAAAUGGGAUACAAUAUCGGAGUGCGUCUGAUUGAGGACUUCUUGGCUCGGUCCAGCGUGGGGAGGUGUCACGAUUUCCGAGAAACGGCCGAUGUCAUUGCAAAGGUAGCCUUCAAGAUGUACUUGGGUAUCACCCCCAGCGUGACCAACUGGAGUCCUGCUGGAGAUGAGUUCUCUCUUAUCCUCGAGAGCAACCCCUUGGUGGACUUUGUAGAGCUUCCUGACAACCACAGUAAUCUAGUUUACUCCAACCUGCUCUGUGGAGUGCUGAGAGGAGCCCUUGAAAUGGUUCAGAUGGCAGUGGAUGUGCGAUUCGCUCAGGACACACUAAGAGGUGACAAUGUGACAGAAAUUCGCAUGAAGUUCAUCAAAAGGAUCGAGGAGAACCUGCCAGCUGGAGAUGAAUGAGACUGAGAAUCUUUUGAUUCAAGAGACUUUUUUUUAUGUUUGAUUAGAAACCAAAAACUAUUGCAAGUAUUGCAAUGCGAAUUCACUGUCAAGAAGACAUCUCUUGAUGUGUCACCAAGGAUGGCAUGUUCUUUCACCUGGUCCAUGUUUUUUAUCUCUUACAAAUACCUUCUUAAGUUUCUAUUUGUAUGUCAGUUUUAGGGCCGUGCAAAAAAUAGAAUGCGAUUUUUCAUGUGCAUCUCAUCAGUAAAGAUACUCCUUUAAUUAGAAGUAUAUCUCCA